GCUAAUGGAAAAUGUAUUAUGCUUCGUUGGAAAUGCGAUGGUUGGGAUGAUUGCACUGACGGUAGUGACGAAAAUUUGGAAACAUGCGCACAUGUACAUUGUCAUGCAAAUGCUUUUAAAUGCACAAAUCUGAAGUGUAUACGUAAAUCUGCCUUAUGUGAUGGAGUUAACGAUUGUGGUAAUAAUGAAGAUGAAUCCGAUGAAGUUUGUGCAGCUUUGCCAAAGUGCCGACAUGACCAAUUUCAAUGCGAGAAUGAGGAUUGCAUUUCAAAAAUAUUCCGUUGUGACGGCCAAUAUAAUUGUAUUGAUGGUUCUGAUGAAAUGAAUUGUCAACCACCAGUCUGUGGUUUCGGUACUUGUUCUCAAAUAUGCAUUGAAAAGAAAGCAGGCCAUUAUAACUGUAAAUGUACUGAUGGUUAUCACAAAGGUCCACUAAAGAAUGACACUUGCUUGUCCUCAGGUCCGGAUCAAGUUCUGUUGCUUGCAUCUGAACAGGAAUUCAGAUUCAUUUUACCAGCAAAACAGGAAGGGACUUCAGUUGUAGGCUUCUUUCAAACAGAUAGCUUAAAAAUUGAUGUUUUUGAUAUACUGAUACGUCCUAAGGAUACAUUGCUCUUCUGGAUUGAUUCGCAUCACGGCAAAGUACAUACUAUGAAAAUAGCUACACCACAAUCAGAUACAAAUACACGUGUACGUAGAGACCUCAAGGAGCUAACAGCGUUUAAUAUACCCGUUCUCAGUGAUCCAAAAUCUCUAGCAGUUGAUUGGAUUACACAAAUGGUUUAUAUAAUAGAUUCGCGUCACAACCAAAUUCUAGCCACUGACAUUGAUGGAAAGAAAUAUGUGUGGUUGGUGUCGACAGGAAUGAAUCCCACAGAUAUAGUACUCGAACCAGAGUCACGUAUUAUGAUUUGGUCUACUUUAGAAAAUGGAAUUUUAGUGGCUUCUUUAGACGGCAGCAAUAAAAAGAGUUUAGUAGAAAGCGACGUUGGCUGGCCAAUAAGUUUAUCUAUUGAUUAUCCAACUGGUAGACUUUAUUGGGCUGAUUAUCGAAAAGGUACCAUCGAAACAUGUCGUUUGAAUGGUAAAGAUCGAAAUGUAGUACGAAGGUUUGCAAAUAAAGAAAAACCACAAAAAAUCGAUGUGUUUGAGGAUUAUCUGUAUAUUAAACUGUACGACCAAAGUAUUAUUAAAAUGAAUAAGUUUGGAAACGAAAAUGGCACAUAUCUGCUUAAGGGCUACCGUUCAUCGGAUAUUGGAAUAUUACAUCCGCUUAAACAAAAUCGAAAUGUUACUAAUCCUUGCAACAAAGAACCUUGUAAAUCGAAACGCGCGCUUUGCAUUUUGUCAUCUGAAUCUGCAGUAGGGUAUUCUUGUAAGUGUCCAGAUGAUCUUGUUAUGUUUGGUGGUGAAUGCAAAGCGCACGCAGAAAUACCUGACUAUUGUCCACUUAAAUGUAAUUUGGGAACUUGCAAAUUAAUAAACCAUGUGCCUAAAUGCAUAUGUCAGCCACAGUUCGAAGGCGAAUUUUGUGAGCAUUAUAGGUGCUCAGGCUAUUGUUUAAAUUAUGGGCUUUGCACAGUGGCUCCACAAAUGCCGGGUUCAUUAGAACAGCCAGCAUUAAAAUGCAGCUGCACUCAUGGUUGGUCAGGCGCACGUUGUGAAACAUCCGUGCCCGAAUGUCAAAGUCGUUGCCAUAAUGGUGGCUCCUGUUUGAUAACUGAGGAUGGCAUGAAGUGUACUUGCCCCGAAAUGUAUUUUGGCGAACAGUGCGAACAUUGCGUUAAUCUUACAUGUGCAAACGGUGGUAUAUGUCGUGAAACAUUAACUGGAACAACGCAGUGCGAGUGCCCAGAUGGAUUUACCGGUAAACGCUGCGAAGUUAAUGUCUGCAAUGAUUUUUGUAAGAAUCAAGGCACCUGCAGUAUUGGUACUAAAGGCGGUCCGCAAUGUCUAUGCCCAUCAGGCUUUUACGGCGAACGAUGUGAAUCAGACUCUUGCCGAAAUUAUUGUCACAACAAUGGUACUUGUGUCGAUCGUGGACAACGUUUAGUAUGUACUUGUUCGGAACGAUUUGUGGGCGAACGUUGCGAAACUGAUCUAUGCAAGACUUCUAGUCCACCCAAAUUUUGCGAUGAAUCAGAAAUACCAUCUCGCAAUCCAUGUACCGGUAUUAUAUGUCAAAAUAGUGGUACCUGUCAUGUAAUUAAAGGCGUAGCGAUGUGCAACUGCACAGACCAGUGGAAUGGCGAGUUUUGUGAGCGGCUAGUUACAGAAGAUAAUCCCUGUAUAGAUUACUGUGAUAAUGGCGGCGUGUGUCUAUUAGAUGCUUAUACCGUACCACACUGUACGUGUAUUGGCGAAUGGGAGGGCAGUACUUGCAAUAUACCACCAAGUUGCGUUGGUGAAUGCGGCGUUUGUCGCAUAGGAAGCUCAAUUAACGAGUGCAGUUGUUUGAAUGGGAGAAUUAUGCCAUGUGUGUCGGACAGUGCUGACGCUAUUAGUAGUGAGCAGACACGUACAUCAAACGUAGUAUCCAUACUAGCUAUUAUUAUGGCUGUAGCUAUAUUAGUGUUGGGAAUUUUUGGUGGUGCUUUAUACUUCUUGAAAAAACAUCGCAUAUCGCAACCAUUUUCCCAUGCCCGACUUACCGAUAAUGUGGAAAUUAUGCUUACCAACCCAAUGUAUCGCGGUGAUGUUGACGAGGCGCCUUCUUUCACACAUGAUGAGGAUAAGGGGAAUUUUGCGAAUCCUGUUUAUGAAUCUAUGUAUGCUGAUGCAAUAGUUGAGCAAACGGUGUCAGAGCCCUUAAGCACAGCGCCUGAUGAACGCAAAGGUCUGCUGCAGCACUCUCACGAUGACACCAUUACCCCAGAUAUUCUUUGAUGAUUAACAACAAAUGAGAUUUGUUAAACAUACUACAUAAAAACGCACACAACUAUACAUAAACACAAAGGCACACAAAGAUACAGAAUACCCCAUAUUUAUUGUUUAUAUAUACAUAUACCUUGUGAUCAAAAAAAAACUUUUCGGCCGAUCCAUAUGAGAUGCCCAACAACACUGCAAUUUCUCUAAUCGGUUCACAACAAUUUUCUAACACGAUCUGCUUCGCCGAUUCAAUGUUUUCUUCAGUAACAGAAGUUGUUGAACGGCCAGGGAUAUCAUCAUGGUCCAAGCUUGUACGACCCUCUUUGAACCUUUUAAACCAUUCGUAUACUCGUGGUUUCGACACACACAAAUCACACUUGAAUUCUUUUGCAACACAAAAUUUGAUGCACGCACGUUGUUGAACGAUAUGCGUUCAACUUUGACAGAAUGCGUAUACUAGUGUUGCCAGCGUGAAAAUAAAAAAAAUUUACCGAUUGGAUAAGCGCGGGAAUUCAAAAAUAGGCCUCUCG